AAUAACUGGUUACACACUUUUUAUUUAUAAUUUGUUGCAUUAUUUCUUAUCAUUAAAAAAGGGAAUUUGCUAAAUAUAUGUGCAUUGUUCACUGGUUGCCGUGAAUUUGAAAAAUCAGCAUUUGCCGUAGAAAAAAAAGGUUUAUGUGAAAUUGGGGGGGAAAUGCUGGCAGAUUCCAGCCCAGGGAUUGAUAUAAAACCGCAUGAGAAAGGGAAAGAGAGGGAGAGAGAGAAGAAGAGAGAGAUGGUUAUUGUACUGUAGGUGGAAGUGGGCGGGCGGAAGGGGAGGAGAGGAGAGGAGGAGACAUUUGUAACACUACAAACUAGCAUGCGGGGUUUUCCUUGGCCUUAGACGCAAGGGAAGCAGGUCGAGCGGGGAAAAGGAGCAGUAGAGAGAGCGAGAGAGAGUGUGUGUGUAAGAGAGAAAGAGAGAGAGAGAGAGAGAGAGAGUUGGUUCCUGGAAAAGCAGAGGGCUGCAGAAUAAACAGACUGCAUGCCUGAGACGGCCCUGUGAUGUCACCACUGGGCAAACCGGGGACGAGGGGAGGAGAGAGAAAGGAGUAAAGAGAGAGAGAGAGGGAGUGAGACGCCCAUCAGGUUAAAACAGCAGAGGGGAUGAGGGAAGAGCUGAAAGUCACAGAGGUGGAGGAGAAGUCGGAUGAGGAGGCAAGGGAGCGUACUGUUGUCCACUGUAACAGACUGAAGGGAGGGAGGAGGAGGAGGAGGUGCAGUGAUAAGGAGGAGAGGAGGCUACUGUAAAGGACACUGAUGGUGGACAUCAACUCAGCGCUUCCCCUGCGUCUCCCACCGGCUGCUAUCCCCAUGGACCUGCGCGUGGACCAUCAUCAACAACAGCAGCAGCAGCAGGUGACCCAGCUGUCCCCGCCCGGUCAGCAGUCGCCUGGCUCCCUCGGAGGCACGGGUCAGGGCAGCGGGGGCGGCGGCGUGGUGGUGGCAGCGGCGGCCACGGUGCGCGAGCAGCAGCUACAGCAGGAGCUGCUGAGCCUGAAGCAGAAGCAGCAGAUCCAGCGGCAGCUCCUCAUCGCUGAGUUCCAGCGGCAGCACGAGCAGCUGUCCCGCCAGCAUGAGGUCCAGCUCCAGGAGCACAUCAAGCAACAACAGGAGCUGCUGGCGAUGAAGCACCAGCAGGAGCUGCUGGAGCAUCAGAGGAAAAUGGAGAAUCAUCGUCUGGAGCAGGAGCUGGAGAAGCAGCAGCGGGAGCAGAAGCUGCAGCUGCUGAAGAACAAGGAGCGGGGACAAGAGAGUGCUGUGGCCAGCACUGAGGUGAAGAUGCGUCUUCAGGAGUUUGUCCUGAACAAGAAGAAAGCUCUGGCUCAGCGGAGCCUCAACCAAGGAGGCCUCCCCAACGACGCCCCCUACUGGUAUCGUAAAACCCAGCACAGCUCUCUGGACCAGAGCUCGCCUCCACAGACUGGGGUGUCCACCUAUAACCACCCGGUGCUGGGGGUCUACAACCCCCGGGAUGACUUCCCUCUGCGGAAAACUGCCUCGGAGCCCAACCUGAAGCUGCGCUCGCGGCUGAAGCAGAAGGUAAGCGAGCGGAGGAGCAGUCCGCUGCUGCGACGCCGAGACAGCCCCAUCACCACGGCCAAGAAACGCUCCCUCGACAUGGCAGACACUGCGUGUAACAGUGCCCCAGGAUCUGGACCUAGCUCCCCAAAUAACAGCUCCAACAACAUCCCCAAUGAAAACGGCAUCACCAUGUCGAUGUCUAACAACACGGAGGCAUCUCUGGCCCAAAGGCUGAGCAGCGGCGCUGAGCGGAGCUCCGUUAACCAGCUGUCCCUCUACACUUCACCAUCCUUACCCAACAUCACCCUGGGGCUGCCCGCCACUGCCACAGCCACUGCUGCUUCCAACGUGACCUCGGCCCAGCAGGAUGGAGGUCUGCAGCCGGCCCUCUCCCUCAGCCCUCCCUUCCUCUCCGGUGGUCAGUUGACUCCCUACCUGGCUGAAGCGGGAGCGGGAACAGGUGGACAUAGCGCUCACAGUCCGCUCCUCCAACACAUGGUGCUCAUGGAGCAGAGCCCGGCACAGAGCCCCCUGGUGACAGGUGUCAGCGGCCUGUCCAUGUCGUCGGCCACUUCCAUGGUGAAGCUGCAGCGGCAGCACCGGCCCCUGGGGAGGACCCAGUCGGCCCCGCUGCCCCAGGGGAGCGCUGCGCAGGCUCACGCCCAGGCGCUGGCUCUGCAGCAGCUGGUCGUCCAGCAGCAGCACCAGCAGUUCCUGGAGAAGCACAAGCAGCAGUUCCAGCAGCAGCAGCUCCACCUCAACAAGAUGAUGGCCAAGCCCAGCGAGUCACCCGUGGGUCGUCAGCACCAGAGCCACCCCGAGGAGACAGAGGAGGAGCUGAGGGAGCACCAAGACGUGGGGGCUCUGCCGCCCGGGGUCACCAUCAAGCAGGAGCCGCUCGACCCGCAGGAGCUGCAGGAAGAGGCAAUGCAGCAGCAGCAGCAGCAGCAGCACAGGGAAAGGCAGGCGGAGCAGGAGCUGCUCUUCAGACAGCAGGCUUUUUUGCUAGAGCAGCAGCGGAUUCACCAGCUCAGAAACUAUCAAGCCUCCAUGGAGGCUGCUGGCUUGUCGAUAUCCUUCCCCGGACACCGUCCCCUGUCGCGGGCUCAGUCCUCUCCAGCCUCGGCUUCCUCUUUUCCAAUCAGUGUGCCAGCUCCUGAACCUACCAUCAAACCUCGAUUCACCACAGGUUUGGUGUACGACUCGUUGAUGCAGAAACAUCAGUGUAUGUGUGGAAACACCAACAGUCACCCGGAGCACGCCGGGAGGAUCCAGAGCAUUUGGUCGCGGCUGCAGGAGACUGGACUCAGAGCGCAGUGUGAGUGUAUCCGUGGGAGGAAAGCCACUCUGGAGGAGCUGCAGACAGUUCACUCUGAAGCUCACGUCCUACUAUAUGGAACCAACCCUCUCCGACAGAAACUUGAUUGUUCAAUCACUCCCAUGUUUGUACGGCUACCAUGUGGCGGGGUGGGGGUGGACAGCGACACCAUAUGGAACGAGGUCCACUCCUCCAGCGCGGCUCGCCUCGCCGUCGGCUCUGUUGUGGAGCUUGUUUUCAAAGUGGCCACUGGCGAGCUGAAGAAUGGUUUCGCUGUGGUUCGCCCUCCUGGACAUCACGCCGAGGAGAGCACUCCCAUGGGUUUCUGCUACUUCAACUCCGUCGCCAUCGCAGCCAAACUGCUGCAGCAGAGGCUCAACAUCAGCAAGAUCCUCAUCGUGGACUGGGACGUUCACCAUGGCAAUGGCACCCAGCAAGCAUUCUACGAUGACCCUAACGUCCUCUACCUGUCUAUUCAUCGCUACGACGACGGGAACUUCUUUCCUGGAAGCGGGGCGCCCGAUGAGGUGGGCAGCGGUCCAGGAGUCGGGUUCAACGUCAAUGUUGCCUUCACUGGAGGCCUCGACCCGCCCAUGGGAGACGCCGAGUACCUGGCUGCCUUCAGGUCAGUGGUGAUGCCUAUAGCCAACGAGUUUGCUCCCAACAUCGUGCUGGUCUCUUCAGGCUUUGACGCGGUGGAGGGACACCCUCCACCACUAGGGGGCUACACUCUGACGUCCAAAUGUUUUGGCUAUCUGACUCGGCAGCUGAUGACCCUCACGGGCGGCCGCGUGGUGCUGGCUCUGGAGGGGGGUCACGACCUCACUGCCAUCUGCGACGCCUCUGAGGCCUGCGUGGCUGCCCUGCUCGGCCAAGAGCUGGACCCACUGCCAAAGGCCUUGCUAGAGCAGAGGCCCAACCCCAACGCUGUCCGCUCCCUGGAGAAGGUUUUAGAGACUCACAGUAAGUACUGGCGCUCGGUGCAUCGCUACUCACCACGGCUGGGUCUUUCCCUGCUGGAAGCCAAACAAGGAGACUCGGAGGAGGCCGAGGCCGUCACCGCCAUGGCCUCGCUGUCUGUGGCCAACACCAACACCAUGGAUCAGAGGCCAGAGGAGGAGCCAAUGGAAGAGGAGGAGCCACUGUAAUGGCGGGGAAACCUGAGGGUGUCACACUGUUACAAUUGACCUCUUCUGAGACGGGCCUCUCUGAGCUGCGACGAGUCUCGACUGAAUCCUUCAUUUAGUCCCUACAACGCCACUCACCAUGUCAGUCACCUUGACUGACAGCCCGAGAGGGGGUGGGCUCAGCCUCAGAGAGGGGAGCCAAUCAGGAGACAGAGGACUGAAUUAGGACGGGAAAAAAACCUAACAAACAUAACGGCGUUGCUUUGGCGGCACACGCUCUGAGACACUUUUUUUCUGUCAGUCUUCACACACACACCCCCCGUCGUUAGCCCACAGUGGCUAACCGCGUGAGCGAGGCGGCGGACGAGAGCGGAUUUCAUCUUUUCAAGAGCAGAUCUCGUCUUUAGAAAAAGUGUGAUCACACUUCUGUGCAGAAACAUACGGUGCUUUACACAGCUGCCCUCGCAUUGCACACGCACACACGUGUGUGUGGACACCUGGGACAGCAGACGUCCCCAGCUGUCAAACCCAGCUCGGGGGUGG